CGCUAAUGACACCGAUUUUUCACAGUGUAAACACUGUAUCUCUUCUCUCGCCGCACGAGAGGCGACACUUUAACAGGCCACUGAUUACAGUUUACAGUCAUAUGACUUGUAAAUAACACUUCGCGUUGCUUUGUAUCGUCGCGGUUCAAGUUGCUGGGAUGAACUGAGAUAUGAAAUCAUGGAGCUUCCUUAACCCAUCCUUGUAAGCAACAAUGCUAACGAUAGCACAGCUAGCUGACAGCCUACCAGGCUUCCUCGUUUCAGGUGAAGAGAAGUUUAACCGUUAUCUUGUUGACUUGAGACCCGUAUCACUGGUGGUAAAGCUGAUAGAUUUCGACUAGGUAUACAUUUCAAUAUUACGAGGUAAAAGUCUUAAGCUAUGUAAACAUCCUGCUGUUUCAUUUAGCUCGUUAGUUAGCAGCUGUUGUUAUUGUUGAUCGUUCCUGGAAGUGGCACAGCUGAAGUAGCUAGUCUUAAAACGGUAACUGAAUGGGGUGGAGUUUUUAUUGCCGCACAAGCUAGUAUAACGGCAAGUUUUAGUAGGCAUAUUAGAAGUACGCUGUCAGACAAAAUGGUGUUAAGGAGUUGCUGGAAAUCUCGACAUAAAAACGGCUCUGGACCAGCCCCAUGUUGGAUCCGAUCAGGGCUGCUAGCCCUUCUCUGGUUAUGUGUGACCCAGUUAGCCUGCGAAAUUGGGGCGGUGGGUGAGUCCAAAAAUGUGAUCCAGAAAGACGCGGAGUUUGAUGUCACCUAUAAUGACUCGGUUACAAGUGAAAACCAGACCAUCUAUGCUUUCAAUCACACAAUCUCAAGGAACAAGACAGAGGGAGUACGCGUGACAGUAGAUGUGUUGUCACAGGGACUGGAGAGCCCGAUCCUGUUUGUUAUACGACAGAAGCAAGCUGUGCUGUCUUUUCAAGUCCCUCUCAUACUCAGAGGCCUCUACCAGCGGAAAUACCCAUACAAUCAUGUCGGCAGGACGUUGUGUCAGCCUCCGACCCGGGCCCUCUCCGAGACCCAGUACUUCUUUGUUGACGUGUCUACCCUAUCCAGCCAGGGUACUAAUUACCAGCUCAGGGUCAGCCGUGUGGAAAGCUUCACCCUGCAGACAGACAAGAAGUUCAGCUUUACUGCGUCACCAUCCCAACCUCAGUACUUCAAGUAUGUCUUCCCAGACGGGUUGGACACUGUGAUCGUCAAGGUCAACUCCGACAUGAACUUUCCCUGCUCCGUAAUGUCCGUUCAGGACAUUCAGUGCCCUGUCUACGACCUUGACAACAAUGUGGCCUUCAUUGGGAUGUACCAGACUAUGACCAAAAAAGGCGCAAUCACUGUGCAGAGAAAAGAUUUUCCCAGCAACAGCUUCUAUGUAGUAAUAGUAGUAAAAACAGAGGAUGAGGCGUGUGGAGGUCCACUGCGCUUCUACCCUCUUCGUCCUGAUGAGCUGAUUGAUGCCGGAAACAGAAGCAAAACCAUCGAUGUAAUGGUCUCUCCUGCUAUCAACUCGGAGGUGUAUGUGAUGGGCAUGCUGUUCUGUUUGGGUAUCUUCCUCUCCUUCUACCUGCUCACCUUGCUUGUGGCCUGUGUGGAGAACAAGCGAAUGAAAAAGAGAGAGGCGUUUCAGAUUCCUGCUGACAUGUCUCCUGCCGAGACAGCCUCUCUGCUUGGGAAGAACGGAGAUGGCAAGAUUCCAGGUGCACCAUAUGAAUAUGGCUCUUUUGCUGACAAUGGCAGCACACUCAGCUCAGAGGCGAUCACUGACAGCGCCACAUCCACUGACAACAACUAUGGGUACAUGGAGCGAUCCCUGGACAGUGUUGGACGAAGCAGGCAGGAGUCUUUGAGCUCUGUGGAAGAGGAUGACUACGACACACUGGACGACAUUGACUCAGACAAAAACAUUGUCCGCACCAAGAAAUAUCUAUGCGUUUCUGACCUGGCUCGCAAAGACAAGAGGAUCCUCAGCAAGAAAUAUCAGAUCUACUUCUGGAACAUUGCUACUAUUGCUGUGUUUUAUGCGCUGCCUGUCAUCCAGCUGGUCAUCACCUAUCAGACGGUGGUCAACGUUACAGGAAACCAGGAUAUCUGCUUCUAUAACUUCCUUUGUGCACACCCCCUUGGAGCUCUAAGUGCUUUCAACAACAUCCUGAGUAACCUUGGAUAUGUGAUGCUGGGACUCCUCUUCCUCCUCAUUGUCCUCAAAAGAGACAUCGUCCACAAUCGAGCCCUGGUGCGCAAUGAUUAUCAUGCACUGGAGUGUGGAAUCCCAAAGCACUUUGGUCUGUUUUACGCAAUGGGAACUGCUCUGAUGAUGGAGGGCUUGCUCAGUGCCUGCUACCACGUCUGUCCCAACUACACCAACUUCCAGUUUGACACUUCCUUCAUGUACAUGAUUGCUGGACUUUGCAUGUUGAAGCUGUACCAAAAGAGACACCCUGACAUUAACGCCAGUGCUUACUCCGCGUACGCCUGCCUGGCUGCUGUCAUCUUCUUUUCUGUGCUUGGAGUGGUGUUCGGGAAAGGCAACACAGUGUUCUGGAUAGUUUUCUCUGUGAUCCACAUUCUGGCCACUCUUCUGCUCAGCACACAGCUUUACUACAUGGGCCGCUGGAGGCUGGACUCGGGGGUCCUCCGCAGGGUGGUGUACAUCAUCUACACAGACUGUAUCAGACAGUGCAGUGGACCAAUGUACAUAGACCGAAUGGUUCUUCUUGUAAUGGGGAAUAUAGUCAACUGGUCUCUAGCUGCAUAUGGCCUCAUUGAGAGACCAAACGACUUUGCCUCUUACCUAUUGGCCAUCGCCAUCUGCAACCUGCUGCUCUACUUUGCCUUUUACAUCAUUAUGAAGCUGAGGAGCGGUGAGAGGAUCCAGUGUCUGGCGUUGGUGUGUAUUCUGUUCACAGCUGUGGUGUGGGGCUUUGCACUCUAUUUCUUUUUCCAGGGACUCAGCACCUGGCAGAAAACUCCAGCAGAGUCUCGUGAGCAUAACAGAGACUGUAUCCUGCUGUCAUUUUUUGAUGACCAUGACAUUUGGCACUUUCUCUCCUCCAUCGCUAUGUUUGGAUCCUUCCUGGUCCUGCUUACCAUGGAUGACGACCUCGACACCGUCCAGAGAGACAAGAUCUUUGUCUUCUAGACGUGUCAGAUGUUCUGCAAUGAGCUUGGCUCUUCCUCUCUGCCUUAUCCCCUCGUCUCUUUCCGUCUAAGUCUCCUUCGUGUACGUAAAAGAAGCACAGCCAGUAGCCUGUAUUUUUCCAGGCUGUACCGUUGGCACCUCUCUGCCUCUUAUCAGCCAGUCAGGGAGCGGGCUGCAGCCCCUCCCUCCACCUGUGAAUGGACACAAAUGUGCCAACAAAGACCUGGGUUGACUUAAAGUGAUGCUGAAGCGUUUCAUCCUCUUGCUGCCAUCAUCAGUAUAACUGUCAUAAUCAGUGUUUACUUACUGCUGACGAUGUAAUUAAUGAUGUACACUCUUAAUAUAAAAGAAAAAAAAUAUAACUUAUUUUAUACUGUCCGCAUUACAUUUGACUCUUCUAGUCGACGAUGCAUUUUGAAGAUAACUGUUUUUAUGCUGUUUAUAUGCUGUGUGCGUGUUUGUACGGGUGUGUAUGUGUUUACAAACAUUAAUGUGAGAACAUGACUGUCUGUCAGUGGCCUUCAAUGUCCUAAUUACAUUAGUCACAUACUAUGCUCUGAUUGGUCAGAUCCUCAAGCUAGCCGUCCUUCUCAUUGGAGAAUCAAAAUGGUGAUGAUUGUAUCUACUUAUUGACUGCCCUCAAGUCUGAAUGCUAAGGAUGUAUUUGCACUGUACUGUAAAAAAAUGAGAGAAAAAUAAAUCUAACAUCAAUA